AUGAAGGUUGAUGGACCAGUUAUACUGAUUCAUGGAUCAGAUAUACAGUUUGAUGGACCAGAUAUACAGGUUGAUGGACCAGAUAUACAGGUUAAAGCACCAGAUAUACAGGUUGAUGGACCAGAUAUACUGGUUGAUGCACCAGAUAUACUGGUUGAUGCACCAGAUAUACAGGGUAAUGGUCCAGAUAUACAGGUUGAUGGACCAGAUAUACAGGUUGAUGGACCAGAUAUACAGGUUAAAGCACCAGAUAUACAGGUUGAUGGACCAGAUAUACAGGUUGAUGGACCAGAUAUACAGAUUAAAGGACCAGAUAUACAGGUUAAUGGACCAGAUAUACAGGUUGAUGGACCAGAUAUACAGGUUAAUGGACCAGAUAUACUGGUUGAUGGACCAGAUAUACAGGUGGAUGGACCAGAUAUACAGAUUGAUGCACAUGAUAUACAGGUUGAUGGACCAGAUAUACAGGUUGAUGCACCAGAUAUACAGGUUAAUGGACCAGAUAUACAGGUUAAUGGACCAGAUAUACAGGUUGAUGGACCAGAUAUACAGGUUGAUGGACCAGAUAUACAGGUUGAUGGACCAGAUAUGCAUGUUAAUGGACCAGAUAUACAGGUUGAUGGACCAGAUAUACAGGUUGAUGGACCAGAUAUACAGAUUAAUGGACCAGAUAUACAGGUUCAUGGACCAGAUAUAUAG